AUGGAUGAAUCAAUUUUAAAUCAUCUGUUUCUUCCUCAUCAUUUACCGUCUUCAGCUGAUAGCGAUUUUUUAACCAAAGGCAAGCACGAAAAUGAAUACAAGCUACUGGAAUGUAUGACAGAAUGUUUUAAAUUACUGGAGUCAGCUGACGCGACAAAUAAAUUGUCAAUAUUUUCACUUUUUACUGAUUGUAUUGAACGGUGGUCUGUCCUACAAAAUCCACAAGGCUUUUCAGUUUCAAAUAUACAAUCUGCUAUUGAACAACUACCAUUAGGAGGUUUUCUGCCACUCUAUUUUCAUGCACAGAAUGCUGCAAUUUUAAUUGAAAUUGAUAAAAUCAAAGCUAAUCAACCGCUAAUUUCAGCUUGGCAAGUUGCAUUACCAGCACAUAACAUUACUUCUUCUCUUGUGCCUAACAAUUCCUCUUUUCCAGUAACAACAUACAGACUACAUGAUCGAUCUCAACUAAGCGCCAAAGCUCACUGUGAAUUAUUGAUGGAUUUUAUGUACAAUUCUAUUGAACAUUCCAAAUCAUAUAAGUCUUCACGUGAAGUUAAUGAGAUUCGUGAUGUAUCAGAAUCACAUUAUGUGUGCCAAUGGUGGAUUCAACACUUUGACGGAACUAAAAUCGAACAAAAUUCCAGUACUUAUAUUGAAUUCACGAAGAAACAUCGUGAUCAAAUUAGAUGGAACAACGCAUUGUUACCUUUUCGACGUUCAGGUUUAUGGAUGGUCAUCAAAGUAGUCUUGCAUACUAUACUUAUCAAACGUUUGGGAGACAUCGGUAACAUUGUUUAUAAAGUAUUGAUUACUUAUUUUCUGACGUAUAUCAUUUGCACCAGACACAUCUCGACUGACUUAUUAGUUCACUGCAGUAGAAAAAUUGUACGGCGCUUGAAUAAAAUUGAAGGUUUAUUAUCAGUGAAAGUAGAUUCGAAUGAUGUGAUCCAAUGGAUACGGUCUAACAAACGAGAGAUAGAAUCUAAAAUCAAUGAAGUUAUAACGAAAUUAAACCAGCAAAAUACACUUCGAAUGAAUACUGAAAAGAAUACUAAUUCAUCAAUGAUCAACCUUAAACUGAAUCAUUCAGAUAUUCAUCGUCACUCGUGUCAAGAAUUAAAAGCAUACCUUAAUAAACAAAACUCGACGACAAAAUUUCAAGUUCUCUCAAACAUCAAUAGUCAUGAUGUCGGUGUAGAUGUUAAUCAAGCAGAUUACAUACCUUCAAUCAAAGUAUUUACGAAUAAAUUCAAUUACACAAUCGAUAUAGCCUUAAUUCGUAUAGAAACUUGGGUUGAAUCAUGCUUAGAACAAUGGAUCAAUCGUCCAAUAGCAUCUCAAAAUGAGAGAAAUCGUUUUGAAAUUCUAUUAGAUUUUUUCGAAGAAUAUUACAAUGCAGCGCUCGAUCGGUAUUGUUCAGCCAGAAGUUCGACGAAUCCCAUCGGUUAUAGUCAACUUAUUCUAACGUCACUAACGCUUAUUCGUUCGAUGCAUCAAAAUCUUUGUAAAGAUUCACGAUUUGAACGAUUAAAACUACACUCUAUUGACAUUCCAAAAAUUAUGAAUUUGUUCGAAUAUUUAAGUUUGCCAAAUCGAGAAGAUAUGGUCAGAGCACGUAGUCUUCAUGGUUAUUUUGAUGAAUUCAGUCGUCAAACCUAUCCAGACCUUCUAACCAAUAUCGAAUCCGUAAAUGCAUUCGGUGUGUAUUAUGCGUCUCAAUCGUCGACGAUGAACGACAACAUACGACAGAUAAGAGUUCAGGCUGAACGAGAUAAACUAUUGAAAAUAAAAGAAGUCCAAGAUGCCAAGCAAAAAUAUGAACAACUUAUCAAUUCAAUACGCAAUCUUUCUUGUACAUGUGAACACCUAUGUAAUAGGGUCUUCAGUCUAUGUGACAAGUGUAGAAUUAAGCGACAGGCUGAUAGCAUUAGCGUGGAAAUUUUUGAAUGUCCAAUGCCAUCGGCACAGGAGAGCGCACUGGCCGUUAUUUUUGAGCUGCAAAUGCCUAUUGAAAUAAGAUGUUAUCGAGAUAUUCUUUGGCAAUUUGUUAACCGUCCAAAUCCAAAUCCAUCACAUAACAUGUAUAAAUGGCUGACUGUACCUCCUCAUAAAGGAAAGCUAGGGCCGUUCUAUUCAGGUCCAGAUAAAUGCAAAGUGGAAUUAGUAUCUUCUACCAAAUCUAUAACGCAAUCCCAUUACUCCAAUCCGUCUAUAGUUUCGUCAGUCGAACGCUUUUUAUUUGAGAACAGUCUGAAAGUUGCAAUCCCGCCAACCAAACCGUCUAAACUAGAAGAUGAAUGUCGUAUAUUAACAUUUCAGUUAGAUCAUCCACAUUACAAACAAUUACAAUUCACUCUAGAUACCACGCAGUUCGUACAAAACGAUGUCAUUGCUCAACUAUCUCAUUGUCCACCACAGAUGAAACCUACACAAUUUGUGGAAUUCGGUUCAUUUCGAUCGGGUCAUCGAUUACAAUGGUGGAAUCUCUUAACGAUUUUUGAAAUGGACUCAUUAUCCAUUGGUGAAGAAAGUGUAGCAAUACUGAUCAUUCAUUCCAUUUUACAAAACGGUCCAUUAACAACAAAUGAAAAUAAAUCUUUGAAUCCUUGGUGUCCAGAAUCAUGUCAACAUCUAUUAGAACAUCAUUUUGUCGAUGAAUUAUUCUCAAGAUUAGAUCAUCAUUUAGAUAAUUGUGAAUUGAACUGGCAAAAUGAGCUGGUGCUAAUAGUUAUUACGAUGGUGACGAUGAAGAUUUUGACAGUUUGCUAUAAGUCAAGAGCCGAUCAAGUUGCUAAUUUAGCAAAAAAAUGUCGCAGAGUUGGUGAAAAGUGGAUCCAUCUGAUUUCUACCAGCAUUCAAAGUGUUUCUCCAUCAGCACUUAGUGAAGUGAAAAAACUUCGUGAGAAGAUGGUGAACAUUGGCAUUUGCUGUCUGAUGACAUUUUCAACUCAUGAAGAUCGCAUCAAAUUAUUGUUGUCUUCAAAUGAGCAUGUCUUAUCUUUGUUGAAAGCAGCAACUACAGUUCAAGAUAAUAUUAUUUUAAAUGGAAAUAUGUCGACCAUGAGUACUUUCAUGAAUAAUAUGAUGAAAUUUAGUGAACGUGUCUUAAUAACGUUGCAACCAACAAUUGCCAAAUUUCUUCAAGAAACAUCUUAUCAAAGUUUGAAUGACUUUGCAACUAUUUAUUGGGCAGUUAUCAGAGGCAAAAGUAGUAUGAAUGGACAAUGGAAGAAACGAAAAGCAGACUUAUAUGAUGGUUGGUACGAUUGCCAAUAUGAAUCAAGACAUGUAUCAAUUGAUUGUAUUCGAGGAAUGUUUCUCGUUGAUGAAAUGACUAUAGGUUUCUUACCACAAAAGAUUACUUCGAAUGAACUAUUUGCACGCGUAUUUGGUAAUUAUAUAUUUGAAGUUCAAGCAGCUGAAUCACCUCACACAUAUGUCACUAAACAACCUUAUCAUAAUGAAAGAGUUUUCUAUGAAUUUCGUUUUGAUGAUCAAAUCAACCGUUUAAUAAUCAACGAGCGCCAUCUAAAGUCAAACAAUGUGUUUCAAUUGAUUCCUCAUCAUUGUUUCGAAAAGGAAUUACCAGAUACAUUUGUCGUCAAUCAUAGCCAUUGGUACAACGCCAAAGAUCGACAGCUUGAGUUUCGACCUGUUCGUUUUCAAAAUGUCAAAUUUUUAGAUGAUAAACCGAAUGUGCUAUCUAUGGAUACAGGAUAUAUUACUACUACUCAUACUGAUAACACCCAAUGCUUAAUCAAUCAAGCAUCAGUAUUCUUUCAAAACUUGUUUUCUCGAUAUUUUAUUCGUCUCGAUGGCCAGUCAUAUGUCUACAUGAUGCGGGACACUAUCUCCCAGCUAGACAUCAUUAUCCAUAUUCAUUUAUCUCGAUUAGGUAUUGCCUUUCAAUACAAUGAUAAAACUAAGACGAUUACAUCUCGUGAAUACUCAGACAUGUGUGUCGCUCAAAAUCAACGGUUGGAAACAUUAACAGGUUUGACAUCUGGUCUUCUUUUAUCACCAUUAACAACUCAUAAUCAUAUAUUGGAAUCCUACCCAUAUCAAAAGCUAAUUGUUCCCUUUGGAAAUGUUUGCAGCUCAGAAACUCUACCAAAUAGCCCGCAAACUGUUGCGAUUCAGCGUUCAUCGUCGACACUAUAUCCACAUCAAUAUUUUGUUUUCGUUCUCAAUGAACGGUUACGUAUUCUACAGUCUACUGAUAGCCCAACUGGUUGGCUUUAUUUAGCAUUAUUACAUGCAAUGACCUCUCAUCCCUUACCCGAUCAAUAUACUGGAAUGACUGGAAUGGAACGUUCGUUUCAAUUGUUAAAUUCAGCUGGCUGUAGGUCAGAUCAACCUUUCGAUGCAAUUUCGCUUAAUAUUCUUACUCAAAUAGCAUCUAUUUCACCGAAAGUCAACUAUUAUCCACAACAUCUCACUUGUAUGAUUAACAUAUACUGGAAUACAAAUGGUUUACCAUAUUCGAUGCAACAUUUUGGUUAUUAUUUGAUCACAAAACAUUUAAUCGAUGCCAGUCAAAAGCUCAACUUUAUGUAUCCAUCAUUAGCUACCCAUGAAAUACCCGCAUUAUUUCAAAAUAAAGCGUAUGAUGAAGUUGUACUAAAAAAACUCUAUUGGGACUAUAGAGAUUCAUACAAUCCUAUGGCUAGAUUGUUUCCAGACAUGGAAGCAGACAUACAACGUACAUUAGUAGCAAAAAGAUAUGAAUCGGCUUCAGAACACUUUUCGCAUGCCGUUAACUAUAGUGCUCUUCACCUUGCAAAUGAUAUGUAUGCUACGGGGCGUGUCAAUCUGAGAGAUUUUUCAAUACAGAAUUGGUUGCCCCUAUCAAAAUGGGUAGAUGAUGAAAAUGGAUUGAAAGAUAUUUGGAUUGGUUUAUUGAAAUGGAUUGCCAAUUCAAAGAAUCAAACAACUAGACACCUGACAGACGAUACUCAACGAUUUAUAACACUGAUCGAUUUUCUUCAUUACAUUUCUAAAAAAUGUAACAUUCAACCGUUCUAUUUACAAAUGCUAAAAAUAGCGUUAAAAAUUCCUACUAUUUCUUUACAAUGCAUUACAUUUCCUCCAUUUAUUAGUUAUCAAAAUAUCGAAGAAAUUUCAGUUACAAAAGCACGUAUCAGUUUCCCAUGGUUUUGUACUUCAGAUGAGGAAAAUGAAAUUGUGUUAGAAAUCGAGAAUUGUUUCGUCCGGAAUCGUAAUUAUGAAACAACAAAUAAGAAGAUGGAUGAUUAUAGAAAGAAUGAAAUUAACAGUUUGCUAACGUCUUGGCAAAACAACAAACAGCUACGAUCUUUCGUAGAAACUGUUCAAAAGAUUCUUUCUUCUGUUAACAUAGAAACGUUCAGCAUGAAAGUAACAUAUCAUCCUCAAAAGUUUGGAUGUGAAUUAAUUGAAAAUCAUCAUCACAUACAAGUCAAAUUAACUGAGAACUCAAUUAAUCAAAAAAUAUUACAUAAUGCACAACUACGUUUUCAUCAUACUUAUCGAGGUCAUUUCAACAAACCAAACAUUUCUUUGCAAGCUGAUAAACGACAAAAUGCAUUUCCACAAGACAUUUUCCCUUCGAUUAACAAUCAAAACGAUCAUUUCAGUGAACUAACUAAUUAUUUUAAAAAUCAACUGAAUGAAAGCUGGACAAAACUACUUUCGAAAGAACAAAUUGAAAAAGUUGAUCCUUCGGUUGACGAACUGAUUAAACUUCUCAAAAUUUUCCAAGAAGAAUCAACAGAAAGCUGGAAUGAGUUAGUGAAAUCGAUUACAUUAUCCAAUAAGCAAUUAUUCGACACAGGUCUAGUAUUAAGAAUAACACGAACAACCCUCAUUUCUCUCUUGCAACAGAAAUUAACGACCCUUGAUUUGACUGAAGAACAACGUACAUUAUUAGGUGGUAUUCUCGUCUCUUGGACGCUAGAACAGCAACUAGAGCGAGCUUUACAUUUUUGUAUUCAUCAGAAAUUGGAAGAUUUUAGAAAAGAAAUUUCUAAUAUUCCGCAUUCAAAUUGGAUCCCGUCAAAAUAUGUAUCAUGGCUGAUUUUUGAAUUAGAAAUGAAUAUCACUAUUCGAAAUAUACAGAUCGAAGUCGCACAGCAUAUGAUGCAACAUACAAUGACAAUUAACGAUUCAACAGUGAAAAGUAUUGUCAUGCAAAUGAAUAUGGGUGAAGGAAAAACAUCAGUUAUUUUACCUAUGUUAGCUGUUAGUUUAUGUUCAUCUCAUUCGAGUUUAGUUCGUAUCAUUGUACUUAAAUCAUUAUUUCCAACAAAUUAUCAAUCGUUACGAUAUAAAUUAGGUGGUUUACUCAAUCGAAGGAUAUUUCCAUUUUCAUGUCGUCGUGAUCUAAAUUAUAGUGAUGGCCAGAUUAAUCAAAUUUCUAAUCGUCUUAAACAAGCACUAGAUAAUUGUGAUGUUAUAUUAACUUCACCAGAAGAUAUUCUAUCCUUUGACUUACUCACCAUAGAUAAAUGUCGACGAAAGGAAUUUUCGGCUGGUUGUUCAAUGUUAACACUUCAACGAUGGUUAAAAGCAAAUGUGCGUGAUGUACUAGAUGAAUCUGAUGAAAUUCUACAUGUCAAAUAUCAGUUGAUAUACACUGUAGGUGGUCAACAACAAGUUGAUGGAGGUGCACAACGGUGGAAAACUAUUCAAUCAAUACUUGAAUUAGUUAAAAAAUACGCUUCACAUAUCUCAAGACAGUUUAAUAAAGAAGUUUGUUACAAAUCAGCAGAACGGAAAAGCGCUUUUCCACAGUUUCGUCUGCAAUCACAUCUUCCUUUCUCAACAUUGUGUAAAAAGAUAGCCAAUGAUUGGUUGAAUCAAAAAUCUUAUCGACAAGUCGAUAAACAAAUUGUCGUCUCGUUCAUUUUACAAACAUAUUCAUCAAUUGAGUGUCUAGAAGGUAAAUUUUCCCAAAAUGAUAUUCUGUCAUUUCUGAUUGUUCGCGGCUUAUUAUCGUCUGAAGUCUUGCUAGUUGCACUGAAAAAACGCCAUCGGGUUAAUUAUGGAGUUAAUCCAAACCCUUGUUUUAAUCGGCUAAUGGCAGUACCAUUUCGUGCAAAAGAUGUUGCAGCUGAUAGAACUGAAUUCGGUCAUCCCGAUGUUGCACUUGUUUUAACAUAUUUUACAUAUUAUUAUUCUGGUCUCAAUGACUUACAAUUAAUUCAAUGUUUUGGCCGUUUGAGUGACGAAGAAAGUGAUCCUGCAUCAAUUUACAAUCAGUGGAUUUCGAAUGAAGAAGAUGACAAUAUACCAUCAAGUAUUAAACAAUGGAAAGGUGUUAAUCUUAAAGAUUAUCAUCAAAGAAUUCAUGAUCUUUUUCCUACAUUACGAUAUAAUAUGUUAGUCAUUAAUUAUUUCCUUAAUCAUUUUGUCUUCCCUCGUGAAGCAAAACAGUUUCCUUCUAAAUUAGUUGCAUCUGCUUGGGAUUUAUCUUCAUCAUUACGAUCAAAAAAUAUCACUGGAUUUAGUGGUACAAACGAUACACAGUUACUAUUACCCAUUCAUAUUCGUCAAUACGAUCUACCUGAACUUCAACAGACAGAUGCUAUCGUUGUUAACAAUCUAUUACAACCGGAAAAUGACAGAUACCAAUCCCUACCUAUUAAUGUUACUUCAGAGGAGAUUUUAAAGCGCAUUAUAAAUAAUAAGGAGAAAAUCAAUGUGAUCUUAGAUGUUGGCGCGUUGUUUGUUGAUGGAAGUAAUCGAGAGAUUGCAGUUCAAUGGCUGAAUAUGUCAUCUUCAUCUGAAAUCGAAUAUGUAGUUUAUUUUGAUUCAGAUUCCAUAGUUGUCUAUGAUCGGCAAUGUCGUGAUCAUCCAUUUAUAACAUCACCUGCAAGCGAAAGAUUAGAUCGUUGUAUAUUUUAUCUGGAUGAUAUUCAUACAAGAGGAACUGAUUUUAAAUUUCCACGAGAAUUUCGAGCCGCAGUCACGCUAGGAAAUGGUUUAACAAAAGAUCGAUUUGUUCAAGCAUGUAUGAGAAUGAGAAAACUGGGAAAUGGUCAUUCUUUAAUAUUUUUGGGUUCACAUGAAGUUCAUCAACAGAUUAUAAAGCUAACGACAAAGUUAGUUACAAGAAGUAUGAGCACCCAAAUUACUGUAAGAGAUAUUCUUCGCUGGGUCUAUGAAAAUACUGUACAAUCGACAUGGGAAGGACUACAUCAUUGGGCUGCACAAAGUUUAAGUUUCCAACGAAAAAUUGCUGCAUUCCAAUAUGUUGAUUGGAACAACCAUCAACAAGAGUUUACUACAAGCAUCAUGGAAAAAUUAGCUAGAGACUGUUUAGAACCUGAAGUUAUUCAUCUCAGAGAGAUGUAUGGUGCUUCCAAAAUACUACAGACAAUUUUCAAACUGCAUUCUGCUCGUUAUCGUCUAAUCACUGGUUAUGGAUCACGAGAAAUUCAAGAUGCAGUGUUGAAGCGAUUGAUAGACUAUGGUGGAACAAAACAACGUUUAUCGCAGUUAUUAGAUGAAGAACAACAACGAGAACUUGAACAAGAAUUAGAAGAAGAACGGCAUAUAGAACGUUCUCCAUCAGUAGAACCGUAUAAAGCAGUACUACAUGAAGAAAUCAAAAGAUUAUGUGACAUGCAAUGUACUGCUAUGAAUCUUGCACAGUUUCCUCAUGUAUUUCGCCCUUUGGCAUACGCGUUUACUGAGACAACAUGGUUUAAUGAUUGUCAACAGAAUAGUUGGCAAUCAAAUUUAUGGGUUUCUACAGAAUUUCAACGUGUAAUUACAACCAAAGGAACAUCACUCAAUUCAUUUCUACGUCCUCCACGAUGGCUUCUCGUCUAUAGAAAUCGUCACUUUAUUUUUAUCAAUGCUCUAGAAGCGAACUGGUUGAUGGGUAAGUUAAAGACUUUUCAUCUUCAACAGCAAUCUGACGUUUCAUCAAUUACUACAUUACGUUUAUUGUUACCGCGUACUAAACAAACUCAAUCUAUUUUUGUGAAUACUCCAAGCCUUACAAUUCCACCGACAAUUGACCAAUCUAACACAGAUAGUAUUUUUAAUGUGUCGCUCGAGUGCUUAGUUCAGUUGUUUGUCUUUAAUGGAACUCUCUACUUUGAAACAAAAGAUGAACAAAACGCUUUCUGUCAUUGUCUGAGCUUGUGUCCUAAACCUCGAACAAAAACUGAAGAACAAGCAUUCGAGAACGGUUGGAUUGGCGCCGAUGGAUAUGUAAGCGACUCAAAACAUCGUAAUGACUUAAAAAUCAAUCAAGCCCGGUUUGUUUCUAAUCCAUUAAAAUUUAUCAAAGAAAUUAUAGAAAAUCGAAAUAAUUCACACGCAUCCAUAUCAUCUCAUGUCGGUAGUAUUAUUUUCAAUGCAUUCAAGCUCGUUUAA